ACCGCCCUCCUCACUGUUUACAUCAAGGAGCACCGAACAUCUAGCUAUACAUAUACUGUAGACGAAGAAGAAAUAGAAGAAGACGAUGAAGAAGUCAUCGAAGAAGAAGACGACGACGGCGAAGAAGUCAUCGAAGAAGAAGUGGACAAUAAUAGUUACUGUCACGUCAAAGUGCUGCUGUCCAUCCAACCCUAUGGGGAAAAAAAGCCGCUCGAAGACUCAGAAGUCAGGGGGGCCAGGAAUGAGUGCAACGGCUUCCUCCAAAGAGAUGGCGAACCUAAUCGCUGAACUGCUGCAAAAGUGCAGCAUUGAAGCCCCGUCAGCGAGUGAAGAGUGGCAGGAAUACGUCGAAAUACGAAGCUUGGUGGAGAAGAUCCGAAAGAAACAGAAGGGUAUGUCGGUAGUAUUUGAGGGUUGCAGACACAGCCAUUUCCAGGAUUUGGUAUCCUGGGCAAAAACGAGUGGGGCUUCCUGUGAUGGUUUCCGAAUUGCCAACUUUGGAAAAGAGGGCUACGGUCUUCAAGCUACAAGAGACAUAAAGGCAGAAGAAUUGUUCUUGUGCAUUCCAAGGAAGAUGCUGAUGACCACAGAAUCGGCACAGAAAUCCAUCCUGGGACCUCUGCUUCGCCAAGACCGGAUUCUUAAAGCAAUGGGCAAUGUGUCUCUUGCCCUUCACCUGCUUUGUGAGAGGGCCAAUCCUACAUCCAUGUGGGUUCCAUAUAUCCGCAGUCUUCCUCAUGAAUAUACCACUCCACUGUAUUACGAGCUGGAAGAGGUGCAGCUGCUUCUGGGCACACAAGCUGUUCAGGAUGUUUUUAACCAGUUUAAAAACACAGCACGCCAGUAUGCCUAUUUCUACAAACUUUUGCAGAGUCAUCCUACCGCUGGUGUUCUACCCCUAAAAGAGUGCUUCACAUUUGAUGACUAUAGGUGGGCUGUGUCUUCAGUCAUGACCCGGCAGAACCAGAUUCCUACUGAGGACGGUAGUCAAGUCACUCAGGCCCUCAUACCUCUUUGGGACAUGUGCAACCACACAAAUGGAAUGAUCACGACUGGCUACAACUUGGAGGAUGACCGCUGUGAAUGUGUGGCACUGAGAAAUUACAAGGAGAAUGAACAGAUUUACAUUUUCUAUGGCACAAGAUCCAAUGCUGACUUUUUCGUCCAUAAUGGAUUCUUCUUCCAAGACAACCUCCAUGAUCGAGUGAAGAUCAAGCUGGGCAUCAGUAAAAGUGAGAGACUUUACGCCAUGAAAGCAGAGGUUCUGGCCCGUGCUGGUAUCCCAGUCUCAGCAGUCAUCACCCCCAGAACCUCUCCUCCCCCUGCUACAGUGGAAUGGAGGGAGGAGGGGCCAAACAGCAGAGUGGAGAGAGGAGGGGCCAUUCUCAAACUGAAAACAAGCAACACUGUUUUACGAAAUUUUCAAGGUUCGCAAUCGAGGACUUUAGAAGCCCAUUCAUCCUUUCAAUCAAUCCGGCAGCUUGCGGGUGAUAAGGAACAUGGUAAAUCCAGGUCGUGUGUCUUUGCUCUGCACUUGAAUGAAUUUCCAGUUUCAGCACAGCUCCUAGCUUUUUUGAGAGUCUUCUGCAUGACAGAGGAAGAACUGAAAGACUCCCUUGUGGAAGACUCCAUCAAUAAGAUCUUAAACCUGAGUAAACGUGAGUUCCCAGUUAGCUGGGAGAAUGAAAUCAAAUUGUGGACUUUCCUGGAGACCAGAGUUGCCCUGCUGCUCAAGAACUACAGGACUACUUCUGAGGAGGACCGUGCCAUGCUACAGCAACCAGAUCUAUCGCCUCAUGCCCGUGCGGCAAUCAACCUGCGUCUAGCUGAAAAGCAGAUCCUGCUCAAAUGUUUGGCCAGCGGACAAGCGCAGCAUGCACAUUUUGAAAAAAACAUAGCAGAGAGCUUACCUUUGCCUUGUUGUGGCUUUGCUUCCCGUAAGGAUACGAAUUGCAAUGGUUCUGAUCAUGCUUGAGCUGGAGAAGUACUGUAUCUCUGAAUAGAGACAACGGAAAUGAAGGCUAAUUGAUACUCAGUGCAAGAAAAGACGUGUAGUUUAGCAAUAACGAUGAUGCGACCCGGAAUGAUAAAGAACCUACGAAUAUCUCAUUCAAACAUGAAAAAUUGUAAAGCCAACAUUUGGUGAAUAAACACUGCUAAGACUGCUACAGUCUGUAGUAUUUAUUAUGAUACAAAUGAAGUUUCUUUUUAUAUUCUGACAUCUUGGAAUAAAAUUAAAGCAUAAACCACCCAACGCACGAUGGAAGAAUUGUGAAGCUACUGCCAAACAAGGGGUUCAAUGUUAAAAUGUAACCUUAUAUGCCAAGAUUAUUUUUUUGAUGUAUUUUUUUUUUUUUGUUAGAAUUUCGCUGUAAACAGUGGGGUAUUGCAUAAACCCAGGAUAAGGGAUUACGUCCGUAAAUAUCGGUCAUUCCGGACGAUCUAAACGUACAGUG